AUGCGUAUUUGCUACUAUGACUUGCUCGACAUUGAGCGUCAGGCAACCAGUUUAGACAUCAAGAAAGCAUAUAGAAAACAGGCUUUGAUCUGGCAUCCAGAUAAAAAUGGUGAUAGGAUUCAAGAGGCAACAGACAGAUUUUCGCUGAUUCAAGAAGCCUAUGAAGUACUAUCAGAUCCUCAAGAAAGAGCAUGGUAUGAUGGACAUCGAGAUUCGAUCUUGAGAGGCACAGAUAACAAGCACAAAGACAGUAGUGCAGGCACAACUGCCGAGGAUUUGAUGCGUUAUUUUAGUGUCUCUGAAUUCAAGGGCUAUGAAGAUACACCAAAAGGCUUUUACAAUGUGUACCGCAACCUAUUCCAAAAGCUCGCCAACGAAGAAGAGGAGGCCUUCCGCAAUAACCCACCAGAAAACGACGACGAUGUUCAUUCAGCAACGUCAUACCCAUCAUUUGGUAAUGCCUCUACACUGUUUGCUGACAAUGAUGGUUAUUUGGGUUACGGUGCCUAUGUCAGAGACUUUUACGGCGCAUGGUCCAAUUUCACAUCUGUAAAAUCUUUCAUCUGGAUGGAUAAAUGGAAGCUCUCUGAUGCACCUAGUCGAUAUGUUCGCAGACAAAUGGAAAAAGAGAAUAAGAAAGCAAGAGACACAGGCAGAAAGGAAUACAAUGAUACUGUGCGAAGCCUUGCAGAGUUCGUCAGAAAGAGAGAUCCUCGAGUAAAAGCUUAUCUAGUAGAAGAGCAAAAGAGAAAAGAGGCCGUUGCCGCUGAACAAAAAGCACGCAUGCAAAGAGAAAAGCAAGAAUUGCAAGCCAAGGUUGCUGAUUACCAAACACCUGAAUGGGCCAAGGUGGAGGACGACAUGGAGAGUGGGUUAGAGGAUGACGAAGAGGAGCAAGAAGAGGAAGUCAAUGAGUUCUACUGCGUCGUAUGUGAGAAGGGCUACAAGAGUGAAAAGCAGUUUACCAGCCAUGAAAGCAGUAAACGACAUAUAGACAAUGUGGAGAUUUUGAGACAAGAGAUGCUGGCUGACGAAGAGAAUUUUGAUUUUGGCAAUGUAACGCCUAACAUAGAUGAUUUAGACGGCGGUAUACCUGUGGAUGAGGAAGACAUUGCAGCACAGUUGGAUGAAUUAGAUCUUUUACAACAACAAGAGGAGGAAGAAGAAGAGGUGAUACAUGUACCAUCAACUAUCAACAAAAAGAAAAAGAAGAAGAACAAGGCCAAGAUGGCUCCCAAUUGGGGUUUCGAUCAAGAAGCUGUGCCUGAGGAAAUGGAUGAAAUGUCCGUGCUGGCUGCUGCAUUAGAGGAUGAAAAGUCAAAAAGACGUAGUAGAAAGGGCAACAAUAGAGCUAGUUCGCCUGCUCCCAAUGAAGUCAACCUUGCAGACACAGAAGACACCCAAGAAAAAGAAACAGUAGUCGAAAAGGAGAGCGCAAAGACAAAGCGUGAAAAGCGCAAAGAAAAAAAGAAGCUCAAAGAGGAAAAUGCAACAUCAGAGAAUGCGUGCAAUGUCUGUGGCGAUCAAUUUGAGACUAGAAAUCAACUUUUUGGACAUAUCAAUGAAACGGGCCAUGCUUUGGCGAUCCCUGGGUCUAAAGGUGGAAAUAAGAAAGGAAAUAAAAGACGUUGA